UAUCUGAUUUAAUACGUAACAAAAUGGUCGCUAAUGAAAGUCAUCGUGAUGAAAGGAAUUGGAAUUUGCCAUUUUUGUUAUAUGUGCUUUUCAUAUUUCAUGAAGGGGUUUACGCCAAAGAGGAAUGCCAGACAGCCUAUGACGGGAUCAUAGAAUGUGAAACCGGAUGUUGUGGUGAACACUGGAGAAACAAUGUUUCCUGUUGUCCAUUCCAUCCUGCUGCCUUCAUCAUGAUAGUAAUGGCUAUAAUGCUGGUAAUCGUUUUCGUCGCUUUCUGUAUCAUUUCCUCGACGAAGAGAUGCAACCGGAGCAAAACCGUCAUCAAGCCAGAUGUAUCUGAUGAUAGUAAAGAAGUUCCGUUUAUCUCAUACUUCGUCGUGGCACCAGGUAUCAGAGAUAAGACCAUCCUCUCUCCGUACUCCGACAGUCAGGAGUGGCGAUAUUACUACACAACGCGUCCACAACGCCCACACCAUCUCCCGGAGUGAUGUUUAACAGACCCUAACCCCACUCUCCAAGACACCACAAAGGUCACGUGUCACAACAGUAGAUCUGAUACAACUUGUGAUCUUGAAUAGACGUUCACAUUUUUCUACAACUUAUGAAAAUUUUGCAGGCAUAUGUAUAUGUAAAUAUAUGUAUAUAAAUUAUUUUCAACAACCUUUCGAGAUCUUGUAAAUACACGUUUUUCAAUGUUAUGAUAUUUUUGCGGGCUUGUGAUUAUUUCGCGGUCAUGUAAAUGAAUGAUUAACUCCCGAUCGUGGUGUAAUGCAUUUUAGUCCUUGUGUAAUUAUCGAUGUGCUGUUUUUGUAAGUUUAUAGUUUAGUUACAACAGUAGUGACCACUGCAACACACAUCCCCCAGGGUAUAAUUCCCGAUUUCCCGGUUUAGUGUGAUCAUCUGUUGCAAUAUAUGUGAUAAAAAUUUAAAUAAGUACAGAUAAUAUCAAACCUAAACUUUUAAGCAACGUAAGCAAACGAAUUGUAUUCUUUACAUUAAAAGCUGAUGAAAUAUUUA